UAGAACUGUAGAAUGCAUCUUUGCAAAUUGGAAUAAUAUACAUUUCCUUGUAAUUGUUUCUCAUGCCAAUAUGCAUCUUUAUAUCCCUCUUCCAGAUUAUCUUUGCUUUCAAAUAUCUGGGAACUUUGUUCUCCUUUUUAUUUUUAAUUUUGUAUAAUCAACUAAACAUUAUGUACUUCCCUGAGUUUUCCUAUAUCUUGUGCCAGAUUUGGCCUAAUUUCAUAGCAAUGAGAAGCCACAAGUAUGCUAGACUCUCCCUAGUGGAUCUGCCAGAGAACCUGCUAUCAGAGAUUCUUAUACAAUUGCCUAUUCGAUCGAUUGUUAUGUGCAAGUGCACAUCCAAAACCUUGCACCAUUUGAUCACCUCAACUAACUUUUCCAGACUCCACUUUGCACGAGCAGACACAUGCGUUCUACUCCAGAACUGUCUCCCUUCCACUGUCUCAAGAACCCUCUACUUAUUAGAAGCAUCAGAAAUCGACACCAACUAUUGCCAUUGUCCUCGGGAAAAAUUAAACCAAAGUGCUAAUACGAUGAGACUUGAUACCAAACUGAAGCUUCCUUUGGCAAACGGAAAGUUGCACAGUGGAAAUGGCAAUGCCAAAAUACAUGAAGCAUGCGACUGGAAGUCUGCGGUCAAACAGAACCCUAUUCUCUAUAAGUUCAAAAUUGUGAAUUCGUGUAAUGGUUUCAUUUGUUUGGAAGACCCUUUGCUAAUGCUUCCUACUGUUGUCUGCAAUCCAGUUACCAAUGAGUAUUUAAAUCUUCCGGAUGCUAAAGGCUUUGUUUUUAGCUCAUGGCCUUCUGGAAUUGGAUUAUGCCCCAAUAGUAACAAAUAUAAGGUAUUCAGAGUGAUAAUUGGAAAGAAACUACAUGUUGAGUGUCCAAUUACGGGAAAAUGGUGGAAUACUAACAUGGAGGCUCAGAUACACACCUUGGGGACAAAAUCAUGGAAAAGCAUUGGCUAUGCUCCCUAUAUCCAUCCAUCUUAUAUUUCACCUACCAAUGUGAGUUUGAAUGGGACCAUGUAUUGGAUAAGUAAAGUAUAUGAUGAUUCUACUUCUAAUGAUCCAUAUAAUAUUAUCUCCUUUGACUUUAGUGAUGAAUGCUUUAGAUCACUUCCCCAACCUCCUGUAACUGGUAGAGGUAGAACGUGCUUAGGAGUGAUUGGCAAUAGCUUAUGUUUAUCGUCUAGGUUUGGUGUUGAUUCAAUUGACAUUUGGGUAUUGAAGAAGAAUUGCGGGGUUGAAAAAUCUUGGUCAAAACUGAUCUCUAUAAGUCCUCCAGUGUAUGGUCUCAGUCAUUUCGUAAGCUGUUCAAAAUGCGAGGCAUUUUUUAUAUUCGGUAUUGUUGGAGCCGAGAUUGUAUACUGUGAUUCUAAAGGAGUAAAAGGGAAGAGUUUGAAAUUUCGAGGUGGGGGGUUUACGGCUGUACCAUUAGUUUAUACACCAAGUUUUGUCUCACUCAAGAAUGUUGUGCCUCAAGCUGAUGUUAAAUCAAUAUCAACCGGCUUCACCUUGCCUGGGGAGAUUUGGUCUGUUCAUCUGAAGCGGAGAGCAGUCUGAGUUCAAAUGGGUUUUUGAAAAAGUUUUGUAGUGCAUUGAUCUUUUUGAAAAAGCGGAGAUUUUUUAUUAAGGAUAUUUUUUGGAGA